UUUGUCAAAAAGAGAACAAGAUUGCAAUUCACAUUUCUUCCGGAACGCAUAAUGGUGAAGACAUUUUGGCAUCCAAAAGUUGAAAAGGACUUUUGAAUGACAGCAACUGCCAAUCAUUGAAAUACUUCAGUCAAUAAAGUGUAUUGAUUUUCAUCCUUCAAUUCAGUCUUUACUGUUUGCUAGUCGCCAGGUGGCAGUAGGGCGUGUCCUACCUGCCUGCAGCAGCAGCCAAUCAUAUGGCGUCGGGGGCGUGCCCUCGACUUGGCGGCAGGUUACUUCCGAUUGCAGAUGGCGGCCAUGCUGUUACUCGUCGCCCUACCGGUCCCGGUUGUCGCAAACGCCAGACAAGAGCCAAAAGACACACAGCAGCAGUCAACACCUCGAUGGUGUCGGUGACCCCCUGGCCGCCCCGGCGCGGACGCCAACUUCAAGUCUCGUCCGCGAGAGCACCUGCGGACUGUCGAUCAGGACGCGGCCCGGUGCGAGGCCAUGAGUAGCAGCUGGCAGGAGCCUCCGCAGAGCCUUUCCAGGUGGAGCACCUAAAAUGGGGAGCAUGUCGGGAGCCGCUUUCUAAUCGUUGCCAAGAGCACCCCUACCUUUCUGGCCCCGUCAAGAUCCUCCGAGCUCCCGACUGUCCGUCCUGACAAUGGCGGCACGCUACUUCCUGCUCCUGCCGGCGUUACUGCUCCUGCGGUCAGCCAGCGUGGUCAGCGGAGACUGCUGGCUCAUCGAGGGGGACAAAGGCUACGUUUGGCUGGCGAUCUGCAGUCAGAACCAGCCUCCUUACGAAACCAUCCCUCAGCACAUCAACAGCACGGUUCACGACCUUAGACUGAACGAGAACAAGCUGAAGGCCGUCCUCCUCACCUCCAUGUACCGCUUCACCAACCUGACCGACCUCAACCUCACCAAAAACGAGAUCAGCUACAUCGAGGACGGGGCCUUUGCCGGACAGGCCAACCUCCAGGUUCUCCAGCUGGGUUACAACAAGCUGAGCAACCUGACGGAGGGCAUGCUCCGAGGCCUGGGUCGGAUGCAGUGCCUCUUCCUUCAGCACAACCUCAUGGAGGUCAUUGCCGCCAAUGCCUUCUGGGAGAGCCCCAGCCUCAGUAGCCUGGACCUGUCCUCCAACAAGCUGGCCCGUCUGGACCCGUCCACCUUCACCGUCCUCAACCGGCUGCUGGUGUGCGAGCUGGCCGGGAACCCCUUCCACUGCGGUUGCGAGCUGUACACGUUCCUCACCUGGCUGGAAGCCUUCAACAACGUCACGCACACCUACGACCGGCUGCAGUGCGAGACGCCCCGCGAACUCAAUAGCUACCCCCUUCUGGGCCCCUCGCCGGGACACGGGAGGAACGCCCGAGUCAUCCUUUCCAGCAGGUGCCAAGACGGCGUGAUCAUUUCGCCCAGCGGGCCGGAGCUGGACGGCUCCGGCAUGGGUUUGGACAACCCGGACCACCCCGGGCUGUACCACCGGCCGAGCUUUUCCUCCACCCCGGACCCGACCUACAACCACCAGAUCUCCAUGAAGCUCCAGAGCGUGUCGCUCUUCGGCGCCUCGGUGGUGGUGCAGAUCCCGCGACCCUACAGCAAGAUGUACGUCAUGUCGCAAUACAACCGCACCUUUGUGGCCGACGUCAUGCCCCUGAAGAACAAGAGGGAGGUGGUGCCCUUGGAGAAACUGCGGCCGCACACCAACUACACCUACUGCGUCGCUUCGGUGGGCAAAUCCCAGCGCUACAAUCACACUUGCCUGUCCUUCACCACCCGGGCCGUGGGACCGGCGGAUCCCCGCGGCAACCCUUCCACCACCACGCACUACAUCAUGACCAUUCUGGGUUGUCUCUUCGGUAUGGUCAUCGUUUUGGGCUGCGUCUACUACUGCCUCCGACGACGACGCAUCCAAGAGGAGAAGGUUAAAGCCUUGAGUGUGAAGAAAACCAUUCUGGAGAUGAGGUACGGCCCCGAGGCGGCAGCGGCCGUGGCCAAUGACCCGGCCGCCAUGCAGCGCCUCCAAGAUCCGGGCCACCACCAGCCGCACCACUUGGGAGGGUCGGCGGCAAGCAAGCUCCCCCCGUCAGCCUCCUCCAGCACGGGCAUGCUCCACGGCUCGGCCAACACCACGUCCUCCCGCCUCUCGGCAUUGCCGCAAGUGGAGAAGCUGGCCAGCGCCUUCUCUGAGGCCACGGGCGCCAAGGGGAGCUACAUGGACGUCAGGACUGCGGGAGGGGGCGGCGAGGCCAGAGAGGCGGAGAUGGGAGCGGCGGCCGGGGACCUUGUUUUGGACACGCGAGGCAACGGAGCUGAAAACGGGGCCGACGCGGCGGAGGAUUCCGACGACGACCGCGGCUCGGCGUCGGAGAUCUCCACCAUCGCCAAGGAGGUGGACAAGGUGAACCAGAUCAUCAACAACUGCAUCGACGCCCUCAAACUGGACGCUGCGGAGAACGCGAGCGCCCUGGCCCAGCCGCAGCCUCCGGUUUGCAUGGCGCCCCAUCCGCGCAACCUCCUGCCCCUGGCUUCGGGAGAUCAAGUCAUGGCCUCUUCCCCCAAGGUGCAUCCCAAGUCCCAUCCUCAAGCUCAUCCUCAGCUCCAGCAGAAGCACCUUCCUCCCUCCAUGGCGCCGGUGCCCCUGGUGGUGCCCCUGUCGGAACGACCGGGUAUCAGCGGCGGAGGCUUCCUCUCCCCUCCGUACCGUGACCCGCCCCCGGCCAACGCCGUGCGGCCGCUUCAGAGGCAGUUGAGCGCCGACACCGCGGCGGCGGCGGCGGCGGGCAAGAAUCGCUCCGGCGGAGCGGUCAAGAGCGGCCGGGUGUUGGCUGUGGAUGAGAAGCGGAGCGACCCGCCCAAGUACCCGUCGGAAAAAAGCAGCCCGGCGCGUAGCGGAGGAGGGGGCGGGGUGAUCAACGGCGGCGGGGUGAACAUGAAUGGCGGUGGCAUGGCAUGUAGUAACGGAAGUGGAGGUCGAGGUGGGCCGUCUGGUCUGCAGCAGCAGCACCACCUGGAGGUUCAGCCCGAUUACCACAGCUCAGAACACCGCCAUUCCUUCCCCGCGCUCUACUACGAGGGUGGCGGCGGCGGCGGCGGCGACAGCGAGUCGCCCUCGCCGGCCCAGAAGGCGUCCUUCCUCAAACCACGAGGGCGCUCCAGGCGGGAGGCCGCGGCGGCCUACUCGCAGCUGUCGCCCGCCCGCCACCACCAUCACUACAACUCGGGGUACUCCUCCAGUCCCGAGUACUCGUCGGAGAGCACACUGCGGAUCUGGGAGCGAUUUCGCCCGUAUAAGAAGAGCCCCCGCGAGGAGGCGUCCUACAUGGCGGCGGGCCACGCUCUGCGCAAGAAGGUGCAGUUCGCCAAAGACGAGGACCUUCAUGACAUUUUGGACUACUGGAAGGGCGUUUCCGCGCAGCAGAAGCUGUGAGCGGGAGCUGUGAGCGGAAGCUGUGAGCAGAAACUGUGAGCAGAAGCUGUGACAGCGCUCGGAUUGUAUCCAAGGAAGAUUGGAUGCCGACUCCAAAACGGGGAUGAUCAUGUAGCAGGACACAUUUUCACCAAGUUGAAGGCAGGGUGUAGUAUAUUUUCUUUGUCAAAUGUUUGGAUGUUAAUUGGACCUCCUCCCGCAGGCAGGGCACUUUGGUCCUCGCAGGUGCAAGAUGAAACUCAUUUUGGUCAUGUUGUGGUUCCGGGGCCGUUGGAACUGUGAAUAGCGCAUGGAAACACUGUCCCAAAAUGAAAAGACCAAGAGAAAGCGUAAGCUAGGCACAUGUCAUUAAAGAAACGUUACGUCCAGCAACAGGUUGGACCCGGUUCUUCAACAAAGUUGAUUUUUUAAUUACUACCUCUUUACUGUUGAAGCCGAGCUAUCUCUCCGCCAGCUUGAGCUUGAGAUGACGUGCUCGCUCGCUGGCUGGCUGGCUGGCGCUCUUCCCUUCUAAUUCCAUCAAACGGACGCGACGCGGCGCGCCCAAGAAUGGUGGCGCCGCCGCACCGCACCGCCGACACCUGCUCCUCCUACACAAGCACCAUUUAGCCAGAUAAUGAGCGAGCAGGAUGAGGAAUUAGGCGUGAUUGUUGGAGAACAGUCGUUCGUUCGCUCGCUCGCUACGAUGCGGCGGCGGCGAAAGGACGGCAGGCGAUAGUUAUGGAGCUAAUUGUUGUGGCUGCUAAUUAGGCUGCCUAACAUACGAAAUGAUUCAAAUGAAAAUGGCCGACUGUUUGGGUACUUUUUGGCGCGCUGCGGACCAAAGUGCUCUCUGGCAUGCGUCCAUUUCACUUUGGCGGAUGGGGACCAAUUCUCGGACUGCUCCCCUUCUGAAUUGUUGUUGUUGCUAGGCAGGAUUCACAACAUCGUUUGCCAAUCACGCUGAAGUGCAAAUCUGCCCCGAAGCACGGUUGUUGGAUUUUUCUGCCAGUUUGUUCUGGUGUGGCUCGUCAGGAAGCCAAGUUGAGCUCUCCAAAUGAAUCUGUGAUUGUGGCUGCAGUUGGAAAUGUACUCCAAGCGCUCUCCUUCACUCACCGCAUCCUCAAAAACCGAGCAGAGGGGCUUCUCUGAAAACGCCUUCAUUGCAUCCUAGUUUGUCCGCUUUUCUUUGGCAUGCACACUUUGACAGGUCCAAAUGCUGGAAAUUCUUGAAUGUUUUGUACUGGAGGUUGGCCAGGGGGUCCUCACUGGCGUCGGUCGACAUGGGAGCUGACCCCCCCCUCCCCCCAGCAAAUGUAGCGGCUCGUUCAUCACGCGCUGACAUACAAUAUGUAACGUGGCCAUCUCAUCCGAGGCGGCCCUUCUCCAAGGCCGCGAGCUGGACCCGCAAGAGCGUCGUAAACGGGCCGGCCCGACCUUAAUAGAUUGAGGCGAUCCCCACAAUUUGCGGCUUCUCUCUGCUUUGUUUGUUUUAUAUAUUGACCCUUUCAAAUCACGUGUUGCUAAUCGAUUGCUCUUUGAACCAAGUUGCUUGAAAAGCUCAAUUUAAGAUUCAUCUUCAUUUUACCGACACGGGUCGAUGCGACCCACUUCCCCGCCGGCCAUUUUGUGGCCACAACGUGUCAAUUUGAUCCUUUGUUAGUGCACGAGAGCAGUUUAAUUGGACUCGUUUCCGAAUCCUCACAAGUCGCCUUGAUUUGACCACAGCGGGUCAAUCGGACCCAUUUUUAAAACGCACACAAUUCCUUUUGACUUUACUAACACGGGUCGAUGUGACUCGCACAUGAAAAUGUCAUUUAUUUUGGAUUCACAAAUGUGAGUCAACUUGACCCACAAAACAAAAGGAAGGUGCGGGGCGCUCCUUAAACCUCCCACUGUGUUUUUCUUUUUUAUUAUACACCGAUGAAGUUCAUGGGUCAAUUUGACCCGGUGUCCAUCAUCCAAAUAUGGAUAUAAAAAUAUAAGGAGACAGUACACAUUGAGUUUGUUUUCAAGGCGUCCCACAAGAUAAUGGGAGGUUUGUCGGAAUGUCAAAUGAAUUCUUGUCAUUUUCGGCAAAAGCGCUUGCUAAUGACGACGGACAUGAUGAAGUGCAACUGAAAGGAAUCAUGCCUGUUUUUUGUUGGACGAGGAGGCCUCUGUGACUCGAUUACGACAUGCCCUGGGGGAGGUAACGCCGCCACCUUGACGUGUUAACCCCUAAGUCUGCUUGACAGCAAGUGUGAAAUGAGAACAGAUGAGCCCGACUGGGCCCAGCGAGUCAGCCAGCUGCUAAUUCUCUCCGUGGUCCAAAAUUGACUCGUGUUCAUUCUAUCGAUAAGCAUAGGCUGUAAACAAAAGUUAGAAUUAGACCAAAACUCCAAGAACUUUGCCCUGAUUAUUUAAGAUUGAAUGAUUCUUAACUCAUUCAGUGCCAUUGACGGUCGUAGACGUCAAAGAUAUGAACUGGGUUGGCACUCAAUGAGUUAAGCUAUCUCUGUGUGUGUAUGUGUGUGUGUGUGUGUGUGAGUGUGUGCAUGCGUGCACCUUCAAAUCAUUGGCCCCACCUGGCCCCUUUGUGUUCUCACAUUGCCGUCAACAUGAUUUUGGUUGUAAACUUUUAUGAGCGCUUGCUUUAUUGGCGCAAUAUCCUUCAUCUGGUUGAGCACAGCGGUUAGCGCUCGCUAACGCCCGCCACUGCAUUUCCCCACUUACCAAACAAAACAGCCCGAGUCCCACCACCAUGCGGACAGCCCAAUGUUGAUGGCUCCCUGGAGAGACCAGUGAGGCCUCCCCGCCCCCUCCCCCUCCUGUUUUGAAGGUUGACUGUGAACGCUGACUUGUUGGAGCUGUGAGACCCAAAGGAGGCCAGGACCAUGACCCCCCACCCACUGUUGAGGACAAUGGAUCCGUUUUUGCCCAAAUGACGACAAAAUCGACAGAAGAUACCGGACGACUUUGUACCGGAGUUCAACUGUGACACACACACACACACACACACACACCACACCUGCAUCUCUUUCUAUCCACGUGGGUUUACAGACACUUGUGGUCUUAAAAGUGCCAAAACGCUGUGUUUUGCAGAGGCGGCGUCAAGCCAAACAUCUGUAGAAAUGACUUUUUGUCCCUCCCUUUGUGUGUGGCGACGUACGGCUCGGAACCACAAAUGUCGACGCGGGCUCCUCGUGGCUCCUCUCUGAUGGAAAGCUUGUCCAAUUCUUGUUGGGUCAUGACUUGAAAGAUGAGAUUCUCGAUUUGUCGUCUUUGGUUUAGGACUGAAAAGAUAAUUAAUAGCCUUGCCAUCGUUUUGAUACCACCCAAAGUGGCUUGUGUGUUGAUGGAACACUUUGGGCUUUGACAAAACAAGCUUCUGUGUGGAUUUUCUUUGCUUCAGACUUGACAAGGAAACUUUUGAAUGAUGCUCUUUGGAUUGAAACCAGCUUCUACGACACUUUGAUGGUCAUUGGUUUAAAAUCUUCCCAUGGAUGGGCUUUGGCUGAUGACAAUUAGCUUCUCUGGCAAUGCUCGUGGGUUGAAGACCACAGAAAGUGGCUUCUUUUGAUGGAUGAUCUUUGUUGUCUAUGAAAAGCCCUUUCUGUAUCAGCCGUGUUGGCGUUUAAGACCUUUGAAACUACCUGCUGAUGGAUGGAUGGAUGGAUGGAUGGAUGGAUGGAUGGAUGGAUGGAUGGAUGGAUGGAUGGAUGGAUGGAUGGAUGGAUGGAUGGAUGGAUGGAUGGAUGGAUGGCUUAGGGUUGCUUUAUGACUUUCAAAAGUAGCUUCCAUAUCGACGGCCGCAGCUUAAAGACCUCAGAGAUGACAGGAGCUCCUUGCUGAGCGUCUUUUGUUUAUGGAACACAGUAACCUUGCCGAGCGUCUUUUGUUUAUGGAACACAGUAACCGAGCCGACGCGGAUGGUCUUCUCGCGGAGUUAUAGCCGCAACGCUAAUCAAUGAAAGAUUUCGCAGCGUAGCAGUUCUUGCCAUUUCCCUUCAGAAACGUGUCAGUCAAAUCAAUCUGGCGACUCGGUCGGUUAGCUCAUUUCACUCCGCCGUGUUUCUCAUUUGGUUGUCCUUUUAAUGUUUUCCACUUGUGGAAUGCAGUGACGCACUCCCAGCAGCAGAUCCAUUGAUUACAGGGGGUGACGGCGGCGGCGGCGGCAGCGGCGGCGGUGGUUGCCCGAGGCGACGGUGAGUAAGAGUCAAGGUUGCUAGGUUGCAGAUAAGAACACAAGAUCUCAUUAAUUGCUUCUCGCGGUGCGGUGGGCGAGAGUGCAGGAUGGCGGCCGUGGCGGUGGCGGUUGCUGCGGGAUGCCCGCACGUCAACAAUUUACUUCUUUUGUAAAUUAGCGUGCUUUUUUUUUUCCCCCAUAGCAACAAACUUGGAUUGUGUACAAGUCAUCCGUUUUGUAAUUCAAGGGGUUGGAUCGCACAUUCCGCAUCGGAGGACUCUGAAAAUUAAACACGUGGGGCCACCGGUGAUUUUGCUGACUUGGCGCUGAAAAAUCCCGCAUCAGAGUACGGCAAUUGACUCACUUGUAAGUGUUCAAGUGCUCGCCGGCUGGCGGGAAUGAUCAGGAGAUGCCCUCCCGUGGCUCGUAAUAACGGCGCCAAAGCGCCCGCGGGUCCUCCUAGUUCAACGAUGAAAUCGUUCCCAUGAAAAAUACAUCAAAUGCUACGUUUUUUGGGGCUCGUAAGCCAGUUUUACUUUGCGAGAUGAAAUUUGGAGACCCAGCAAAAGGUCUCAAGAAAUGCGAAAAGAUACGCCAAGGGUCAUUUCCCCGAAGAAAUUCUGCCAAAGUCAAGCAACGACAUCACUUAGCGCAAACGCUAAACCUUUGAAGAGCCACCCUUUCAUUUCAAGAUUGUCCAAUUAAGAUUCUCGCCGUUUCGUUCGGGCGACCGCUUCCCAUCGCCGCCAUCUUAAUAGGCGAACCUCGUUACUAAUGAGUGGCGCAAUCUUUCUAUGAAUUGCUAAUCCAUUUAUCGGCUAAUCUACACUGGCCACGUCUCAGCCUAAUGAGUGGCUUUUGGUCGUGCUGUCGCCGCGCUCGUGCUUGACGUAUUUUCUCACGCCAGCUCAAGCUAUCGCCCUCGUCCAAACAAUAGUUCACCUUUUUCUUUUCAACAAUGAUUCACCAACUACCUUUUUUUGUCUUUUUAAUCUGAAUUUAUUCUCACAAUGAUCGUAGAAUAAAUAUGUAUUGGAUUUUUCGACGGCGAAUUUCCAAAGUGUACGCCGUUGGGGCAUUUCAACCCAUUGAGCUCGCAUGUUGACUUAAUGGAAUUUGCGUUAGCCGUUUGUCCCUAAUCAGGAUGCUUUUGUCUUAAUGAGGAUGCAUGGUUAUGACAUUAUAUUCACGCCAUGCGUGUUUGCUUUAAUGAGCCCUAAUUAAGAUCAAUUGUACGUGUGCAUAGUCAUUAUGUGGAUGCCAUUAAUGGAUUAUAGAGUCACGUGCACUGCUAAUCUACUACAUUAAAGACGCUCGCGGCCGGGACACAAAAGCAGCAAAGCCGUGCAGCCUCAUGUUGUCAUGCGUGGCUAAAUGUGCAAAAGUAUAAGAACACUGCCAGGUUGUAUUGUGUCAAAAGCCUUGUACCUCGCCCCCUUUGACAUAACGUUCUCAUUUUUCCCCUUCAUCAAUGCUACAAAAUUGCCGCCAACACGCUAGCCGUGUGCAACGCAAGCAUUUGUCAUUGUUUUUGUUGAUGAAACACUCCUUUGAGUUGCAGUCGCUAACUCGGCUAGCUUCAUCCUUGGCUAAAAUUGCUCGCUCCGGUGGCUAUCACUGCCAGCUAUGGUCACUACCUAUCAGCGCUAUCUUCCAUUGCUAGCUUCAGUCGCUAGCGAUUCUGGCUAGUUGUCCUCCGUCGGAUCAGAGCGGAGCCACGGCUAACUUAGCGAGCGCCCGUUUGGUUUCCUACCGACGUUUGGCUGCCGCCUCCACUUGAAAUCUGUGAAUUUUGUACAAAAAGAAAAUGUAGGAAGAUUCUUUUUUUCUACCGAGCCUGUUGUGUAGCUCUCUGUGUUUUGUUUGGCAGAGUGCGGCGGGAAUUGUGCAAUGGCCAAUUGUAAUUUACUGUUAUUAUUCUGAUUAUUAUGAAGAGAAUUAGAGGUGGAGAAGUGAAAUAAAAUGUUAUAUUUGCAUGAUUUCCUGUAUUUUCACCAAUCAGAUUUCUAUACAUAUACACGAGUAAAUAUAUAUAUAUACUAUAUAUAUAUAUAUACACGAGCCAGACGUACAGUAUAUAGUACGCACUGUCGUGUAUUCUGUAUUCUGACAUACUGUGACUUUUGUCUGUCAAUAUAAAGAUGCACUUUUUCUAGUCUCUUUGUAAACUUGUGGCGUGCGGUGUGCAGUGUUUGGCCGGCGGCAACGGAGACGAGAGCCAACAUGUGGCUUUUGACGCACGAGUCGCUGGUGGAAUGCAAAAUUUGACAUUCAAAUCUAAAACAGGGAACUCUGCAAAACCAGCAAAGAACAUGUGGACAAGAUUUGAUUUGAAGAUUAUAACUUACUGUUUGAUUGCUCUCAAGAAUUUGUCACUUCUUGUAAUAUUGACAAAAAGCAAAAAAAUAUCGAUGCUAGUCUGGCAUCAAUAGAAGAGCUUGUGUGGGUCUUUUCUUUUUCCUCCCUGGAAUCCCAGAGGUCUUUGAGCCAGCCGCCUUGUCAUCUCGAAUGGCCGCCACGUCUUCAGACGUACGACCAAUCGACCGCUCGCCGCUCAUCCAGCCGGCCAUUAAAGAGCCGCGUGG